AUGCGAAUCACUGCUUUCAUCUAUCCACUCACCGCAGGUCUCCCUUUUGCAACCACAGUGGCGGCCACAUGGCUUGCUGGACGAGCGUCACCCGACGAGUCGUCUCUAACGAGGGACGUGGGCCGGCAUCUGGAGGCUGCGGCGACCUCCCUAGUCCAACAUCAGCGGACCACGAAUUCGAUCGCAUCCGCUUCGUCUCCACUACACAACGAUCUCGCGGGAGGCUAUAGCCUCUCCGCGGGAGAUCAUACUCAUCAAGCACACGCGAAAAGCAUUGUUGGCACUUCACAAACCCUCCGAUCGGCUGCUUCGCGCUUUGCGUGGCCACACAAAGACUUUGACGAAGGUCAUACACUGCUGUGGCCCCAAACGCUGCCGCCGCCGCCGCCAAGGUCCGCCUUGACACUGCAGACACAUUCGUGGCAGUCGACUCGCACCGCCUUCGAGCACAAGGCUGGUGCUAGCUCCCCUCCAAGUCAGUCUGACCGAUGGAGCUCUCUUGAUGCGACGCGCGUCGAAGCAGAGUCUACGGGCGACACUCGGAGCCGAGGCAAGCCUCGCGCGGAUCAGACAGGUUCCCGACACUCGCACGUCACGGAUUCGCAGCUGCCAAAGGACUACUUGCAUUUGGAGGGGUCACUCGUGCCAAAUCAACGCAGUGCUGCUCGUCCGCAACGCUCACCGCAUUAUGCACCACUCCACGAUCAUGCGCUGGGUCCUUUGAUCACGCAUCAUAUCGCUUCGACUGCAUCGAUCAGCUCCCCUCUAUCGCAAGUCUGGUCGCACAGUGCAGACCUCGACACUCUGCAUCACUGGUCACCGUCGCCAAAAUCACCUGACAUGUCCGUUGGACAGGCAAACGAGUUUGUCGAUUCUCUGCUCCGCUCGCCCAGUCGCCAGACACUUGCCAUUACGCCUCAUAGCGAUUUGAAGUUGCCGAAUGGGUCGAGUGCAGACGCAGCGGCGCGGAGUAGGGCUGCAUCACGACAAGCGUGUAAGCGUGUUGCAGAAUCGCCCUCGAUCUAUCGCUCAGCACGACCAGGCCAGAACAUGUGCAGCUUUCUUUCGGAAAAGAAGAGGCUCGUGAAAGCUGGUCAAGACACGUCGGCCAUCGAGCUUUGCAUCGCCGCCUUGGCUCGAGAGAAGAAGAUGCCGGUGCCCAAGAAUCAUUACGAGUAUUACGUCGCCAUUCCAAGAUCAAUGAAGAACUCGCUCGAUCCAGCGCAGGAGCACAGCGGAAGCGUAGUCAGCAAAGACAGCGCAUCGGCGGGAGCUCAGAAGAUCGACGACACCUCGAUGUCGCACCGCACACCUCGCCAAACGCCAGGCAUGCGGCGUUUGUACGCGCAGCGAGAUCGCGAGAGGCGCCUAGACGCGCUCCGCGGAUACAAGCAAGGCAGCGGCAGGAGUCAAGAGACCAAAGCGGUACAGGCGGCCAUCGACGCUAAAGCGGUUGCUGCAGGCUUGAGCAAUGCCCCAGAGACGUACGACGAAUGGUUGGCGCGUCCCAGAAUCGUGGGAGAUUCGAGCACGCACAUGCAGUACGGCAUGGCGCAACUGUUCAAGGAGAAGGAGGAAGCGCUUGCCAAGAAGGAGGGCACGGCAGAUGUAGAGUCGCGCAUUGCAAGCCUUGCAGCACAGAACGGGGUGCGAGUCCCAAAUUCCAGCCGUCACUUUUACGUCAUGAUGUUCAGAAAGCGACAACGCGAGCGCGAGAUCGCAGCUAAACUGGGUCAGUCUCCAAAGAAGAGAGCACGAAGAGCAGAGGUGUCUGCGCUACCGCAUGCGCCAUCGGAGUGGGCAAGCACAUCACUUUCGGACUACGGUGUAGCACAACUUUUCCGUUUCCGCGACCACGCUCGGUCAGCUGGCGAGACCGAGCACGCAAAGCGCAUACAAGCUGCCAUCGAUGCGCGCGCCAAGGCGGAAGGAGUGAUUCUCACAGACACUUGGAGAAAUUAUCGGAGAGGCUCGCAUUUGCUGCGUAGAAAAGGCGCGUACGAGAAGACGUAA